CUGGAAAAGGACCAAUGUGCCUGCUGUAAAGAAAGGGGCCACUGGAAAAAACGAGUGUCCUCUUAAACAAAAGAAACCAGCUUCCAUCUUGCCUGCCGCUGAACAAUAACUAGGCCAAGGCUUUUCCCUGAAUCCCCUGGACCUAUGGUGACUCUUAAAGUAGAAGGGAAGGAUACCAAAUUACUGGUAGAUAUGAGGGCUACUUACUCAGUUUUAAAGAAACCUGCUGGGCCCAUGAUCAAGGACAAGGUCUAUAUCCAGGGAGCAACAGGGAGGACCCAAGGGUAUCCUCAGACUUGGGCAAGAAUUACGGUAACCCAUUUGUUCCUUCUUAUACCUGAUUGCCCAUACCCGCUCCUUGGAUGGGACCUGUUACAUAAACUAAAGGCCCACAUUUCCUUCACUGGAGAUGCUGUUAAUCAGGACCCACAGCCACCCACUGUGUUGGUGACUUGUACUGUGUCUGAAGAAUAUCAGUUAUAUAAAAAACCUAAUGAACAGGACUCCCCACUACUAGAUAGAUGGAAAAAGGAAAUUCCUACUGUUUGGGCUGAGGCCAAGCCUCCCGGGCUGGCACGGCAUCAAGUGCCAAUAGUUAUCGAAUUGAUCAGCACCACCACCCCAAUCAGAGUCAGGCAAUAUCCCAUUAGUCACCAAGCCUGUCUGGAAUUGCCAAGCCUAUCAAUUGCUUGAAAGAAGUAGGAAUUUUGGUGCCUUGCCACUCCUCAUGGAAUACUCCUCUGCUUCCUGUUCCUAAGCCAGGAACUACAGAAUUUAGACCUGUUCAGGACCUCAGAGAAGUCAAUAAGAGGGUUGAGAUCAUACAUCCCACUGUACCCAACCCUUAUACCCUCCUCAGUGAGCCUGCUCCAGUUCAUCGAGUCUAUACUGUCCUAGACCUAAAGGAUGCUUUCUUUACUUUGCCAGUAGCCAAGGAAAGCCAGCUCAAUUUUGCCUUUGAAUGGGCUGACCCAGAUGGAUCUUACAAUAGAUAGUUAACAUGAACUAGACUGCCUCCGGGGUUUAAAAAUUUCCCUGCUCUGUUUGAUGAGGCCCUCCAAAGAGAUUUAGUCCCUUUCAGGGAUGCUAACCCUGAAGUCACUUUGUUAUAGUAUGUAGAUGACUUGCUCCUGGCAGCAGACUCAGAGGAGACUUGUACUCAGACCACUGAGAACUUGUUGAAAGAACUAGAUGCUUUGGGCUACAAGGUGUCUGUCAAAAUGGCUCAACUUUGUCUGGACUCAGUCACCUAUCUGAGCUAUAAAAAUUCAUGAAGGAAAGCACUCCCUGGGGCCUGACAGGAUUCAGGUUAUACUGAACAUACCAAAGCCCAAGACCAGGAGGCAAAUUAGAGAAUUCCUGGGUUCCACUGGCACUGCCACCUAUGGAUACCGGGUUUUGCUGAAAUUGCUAAACCCUUAUAUGCAGCAACAGGGGGCCAGGGAGCUGACCUGGUUUGGAGAGAAAUAGAAGAUACUGCCUUCAACCAACCUAAGAAGGCUCUGAGUCAAGCUCCUGUGCUGGCCCUGUCUGAUGUGACUAAGCCUUUUCAGCUCUUUGUGCAUGAGACAAGGGGCACAGCCAAAGGGGUUCUCACUCAGACCUUGGGACCUGGAAGAGGCCAGUAGCAUACUUAUCAAAGUGAUUGGACUCAGUAGCUACUGGAUGGCCACAUUGCCUCCGGGCCAUAGCUGCCAUGGCCGUACUGGUAAAGGAGGCUUCUAAACUAACCUUCGGAUAGGACAUCCAGAUUGUUGGGCUUCACGCAGUAGAGUCACUCCUCAAAUCCCCACCAGACCAAUGGAUCACCAAUGCCCACAUCACCCAGUACCAAGUACUGCUGCUGGACCCACCUCAGGUCACCUUUCUGAGAACCGAAGCCUUGAAACCUGCCACUCUGCUACCUGACAGUGAUCCUAAGACUCCACUCCAUGACUGCUUGGAAACCGUGAGUACCCUCUCAAGACUAAGGGAGGACUUGCGAGACCAGCCUCUGCCUAAUGCAGACCUUGACCUAUAUACAGAUGGCAGCAGUUAUGUUAAAGAAGGUGUCAGGUUUGCCAGGGCCCGAGCACUUGGGAAAGGGACUUCUGCCCAAAAGGCUGAGUUAAUAGCCCUCAUGUAAGCCCUAAGAUGGGGAAAAGGAAAAACUGUUAACAUUUAUACAGUCAGUAUGCCUUUGCCACUCAUCUAUGGAGCCCUUUAUAGAAAAAGAGGACUAUUAACACCUGGGGGCAAAGAGAUUAAGAACAAGGAGGAAAUCUUGGCACUACUAGAGACUCUCUGGCUACCCAAAAGCUGUAGCUAUUGUUCAUUGUAGAGGCUAUCAAAGGACAGACACCACACAAGCUAAAGGAAACUCCUUUGCUGAUCAUGUAGCCAAGGAAGCAGCAGAAGGGGAAGUGGUGCUGCUCAAAAUUCUACCAUUACUACCCUCUCACCUUCUCCCAGAGGAACCUGUCUAUACAAGAGGGGAAGUUCAGCUAGCAAAAAGUUUAAAGGCUAAGAAAGGCGCCCAAAAUUGGUACUGGUUGGAGGAUGGGAGACCCAUGCUACCAAAGGUGUUGGGAAGAGAUUGGCUACAGACGGUUCAUGGUUCUACCCACCUGGGAACCACAAAACUCACUGAACUGGCACAGAGUUUUGUUUUUUUUUUUAUCCCUAACCUGAAUAAAAUUUCUAGGGACAUCGUUAACAGAUGUAAAACAUGUGCUCAAACUAACCCUGCCUUGAAGUUCCAGUUUCAGGGCAAAGACUGAGAGGACAAGCACCAGGAGAAGUCUGGGAACUUGACUAAAUGGAAAUGACUGAUGGACAGUAUGGCUAUCAUUCCCUCCUGGUUCUGGUGGAUACCUUCUCCAGUUGGGCAGAGUCUUUUCCUACCCAAACAGAGACAGCUCAGAUAUUGGUAUAAAAUUACUAAAAUGAUCUGAUACUGAGAUUUGGCAUCCCUAUCGGUCUGGGGUCUGACAAUGGCCCAGCUUUUAUAGCCCAGAUAUCAAAAACUAUUGCAAAGAGCUUACAAAUUAACUGGAAACUACACUGUGUUUAUCACCUUCAGAAUUCAGUAACAGGUAGAAAGAAUGAACAGGACCCUUAAGGAAACCUUGACUAAACUAAUUUCAGAGAUUGGCAAAAACUGGGUAGGUCUCCUUCCUUUUUCCCUAUUAAGAGUAAGAUACACUCCCUAUGCAAAAGGAAUUACUCCAUUUGAGAUUAUGUGUGGGAGGCUGUCCCACUAAAUUUUCUCCUUCCCACUGUCUGUUUGACCCUCCCUCAGUCUCUUAAGGGUCUCUUGCUCUGGGCGCUAUCAGACAAACCAUAUAGCAUAUCUUUAUGUGAAUUCAUUAUAGUUUAUACCAUUGGGAGGGGACUCACAAAGAAAUGAACACCUGGUGUCCAGCUCUGUGCCAUGGCUUAGAGCCCGCCAUUCCAGAUUGUGAGCCCACCACUCUGGAUCGCUCUCGCGGCCUGCCCAUAGUCACCGAUAGCUUUCACCCAUGCCUCGUGGACCCACAGUCUCACCCCAGGUCCCUACAGGUGUCGCAGCAUGCGCUUCCCUCCAUUCAUAACCUUGUCUAGGAGACACGAGCCACAACAGCUACAUCUCAGGAACAAACAGGAAAAGAUCUGGGACCAGGAGACUGGGUUUGGGUGCAACGCCACUCAGCUCCUGACUUCCAAGCCUGCUGGGACGGACCAUAUCCUGUCAUCCUAACCAUACCAUCGGCUGUCAAAGCAGCAGGACGCAGCCACUGGAUUCACCAAUCCCAACUCAAGGAGGCUCAUCCCAACCACAUUCCUCAGUCAUGGACCCUGUCAAGGACCAACAACCCCUUAAAACUCAAAUAGGUAAAACAAACCUCAGGACCUGGUUUAUCUUAUCUUUCUUGUUAACAAAUGUGUUCUCUUUGUUAAAAUCUAACCAUGAAUUGUAUGUUUACAGUUGGGUAUUUAGCAGGACUUCAGAUGGAUUUGUUAUCCGAAAUAUCACAGGGUUGGGACCAGGCCCAGAGAGCCAAAAAUCCACCUUUGAUCUGUGUGAGCUCUGUGGAAGCCCUUGGAACACAGGGAUAGAUGGGAAGACCCUAGAUCACAUAGACUGCUCAAAUUAUGGGCAUAAAUGCUUAGAGCAAACUCUCAGUUCUUACGAAUUUUACAUCUGCCCAGCUGGGCCCUCUGGGUGCAAAGGGCAAAGAGAUUUCUUUUGUUCCAAACGGGCUUGCAAAACUAUUGCCCCGUGGAAAACAUAUAGUGAUAAAUAUAUUUACGUUAGGAGAGCCCCAAAUGAAAAGAAAAGUCUGAUAGGAAAAUUCAGUCCCAUCAAACUCUCUCUUAAACGUGAUACCUAUCAAGACCUAGAUUGGAAAAUGGGAAAGACCUGGGGACUAAAAAUCUAUAAAAAUGGCUGGGAUGAAGGAAUACUUUUCACCCUUCGAAGGUUUAAACUGCCCACCAUUCCCCAGAUCCCAAUAGGACCCAACCGUAUUCUAAAUCCUCCAGUUAAUUGGGACACUCUCCCUAAGCCCUCACCUGAUAGAACUGUUGAAGACCAUCUUCCUGAGAUCUUCAAGUCUCUCUAUUAUACCUAUGCCUUCUUCAACACCACCGAUCCUGACCUGACUAAAGAUUGUUGGUUACGUUUAGAUCCACGGCCCCCUUAUUUUAUAGGCCUAGGAAUUACAGUCCAAUUGGGAAAUGAUGACUCUGGGAUCAAAAAUUUAAGUGUUCCAGAGAUCAAAAAUAACACCCAUUUCUGUUUAUGGGGGACCUAGCCCUCCCUCACCUUAGGAAAAUGAGAGGGACUAGGAUCUUGCUUCCUGGCAGGAAAUUAUAAAUUCGACAAGUCCAGGUAUCGACAGUAUUGCAACCAGUUCCUAAACCUGGCUCCCUUGAGCAUGGGGAUGAAUCCCUAUUAUUUAGUUCCCCCUGAAGGCAGUUGGUUCAUAUGUGAGUCCAAUUUAACCCCAUGCAUCAACCCUUACAUUCUGUCCACUUCCAAAGAUCUGUGUGUGCUUAUUCAUCUACUGCCCCAGGUAUAUUAUUAUUCUGGAGAAGAGGGUAGAGAACAUUUUGGGCUCCUACCAGAGGUAAUAAAAACCGGAGCUGUAGCAAUAGCCACUAUUCUUAUCCCACUACUGGUGGGAGCUGGGAUAGGAGGAUCAGCUGGAGUAGGGACAGCCACCCUGAUCAUCCAGGAUCAAAUUUUCAAACUCCUUAGCAAGCAAAUUGACCAAGAUUUGGCUGAAUUAGAAAAGUCCGUAGGCCAUCUAUUUCCCUCGAAUCCCUGGCUGAGGUUGUAUUCCAGAACAGAUGUGGCCUAGACUUAAUUUUUAUGCAGCAGGGUGGGUUGUGCAUAGCCCUAGGUGAACAGUGCCUCUUCUAUGCAAAUCACAUGGGCAUCAUUAGAGAAAGGCUAAGCUUAGUAAAACAAAGAUUAAAAGAAAGAGAAAAGCUAUGGACAGAGUCCCAAAAUUGGUAUGGAUCAAUGUUUUCUUGGUCUCCUUGGUUGACCAUCUUGCUUGACCAUUAGUCUUGAUCCUCCUAGCCCUUACUAGUGGACCUUGUUUACUAAAUGCUAUAGUGAGGUUCGUGAACCAAGGUAUAAGUUCAGUCAAGCUCAUGGUCCUCAGGAGCCAGUAUGAUCAAUUGGGAACCAUUGAUCAUGAUUCCAUCUGUGAUGAGCCAGAAUCUUCAAGGGUUUGAAUAUCCACAAUAGGAGCAGAGAAUGUUGUAGGCCCUUGACCAUUGAACAUGCAUCUUGCAGGCUCUUUGUGACCUGACCUAGUUCUUUACAGUUUUCCCCAAAACCAUCCCACUUACAGAGUGCUCCAGUUUUCAGAAAAGGGAUUCAAAUGUUGUGCCAAGAUAAGCUGAUGCUAAUGCUAUGUCUGCUUCUGUUCCUGCCUGCUUGCUCUUGCUGGUUAAAGAUUGAUCUUAUUGUCCUGUUUCUAAGUAAUAAACAGGUUUGAACUGUAACCUAUUCAUAUGCAAAUAUGUCCUUAGAAUGAAGCUAACAUGAUUGGGCAAUAUGUACUUAAAAUUAAGCCAUUAUGAUUGGGCCUUUAUGUUUCCGGGUGGCUUGAGGCAUCCAAGUGUGCAUAAAAGGCCAGGGCCUGCUCUCUGUAUUCACUUCCAGAGUGCAAGGACA